AUGGGUUCCGAUCGUGAUGUUGAGCCCGAUGCUGAGGUUCCUGUUCACAACAUCUCUAAUGGCGAUGAUUCUGAUGAUGACGAAGUUCCUCUGUUUGAGACACUUCCAGAAAGUGUUUUUGCACGUUUGAAAAGGAAAAGAAGGACCACUGCAAGUGAAGCCCCUUCUGUUCCUCAAAAGAAUACCAAGCCUUUUCCUACUACCCCUAAGUCCAAAAAGAAGGAUGUGAAAAGGAAAGGCAUAACAAAGGCUGAAAAAAGCAAGAGUGAGAAGAAGAAGAAGAAGGCCCCUACUAUUGUUUCUGAGUCUGACUCAGAUGUUGAAGUAGAUGUCCCAGACAUCGUGCUUGCUGAGAAGAAGAAGUUUGCUGGAAGGUGCAUUCCCAAGAAUGUUCCUGAUGCCCCUCUUGAGAAUGUCUCUUUCCAUUAUGAAGAAAAUGUUCUCAAAUGGAAGUAUGUCUAUCAAAGGAGACUGGCCAUUGAAAGGGAGGUUGGAUCUAAUUUGCUAGAGUGCAAGGAGGUUAUGGCACCCAUUGAAAAGGUUGGCCCGAUGAAAACUGUUCUACAUGUUGGUAGAUGCUUUGAGAGGCUUGUGAAGGAAUUUGUGGUGAAUCUGUCUGUGGAAGUGGGACUUCCUGAGAGUGAUGAAUACAAGAAAGUGUAUGUCAGGGAAAAACGUGUGAAGUGUUCUCCUAAUGUGAUCAACAAAGCACUUGGAAGAAGUGAUGCUGCUGUGGUUGAUGAAGAGAAAUCCUUGCAUGUGAUUACCAAGGAACUCACUGCUGGGAAGGUUCAGAAAUGGCCAAAGAACAAGCUGAUGUCCAUUGGGAAUCUCAGUAUGAAAUAUGCAAUCCUUAACAUGAUUGGUGCUAUGAAUUGGGUCCCUACCCAACAUACCUCUGCCAUCUCUUCCACUCUUGCGAGGUUAAUUUACAAGAUUGGUACUAUGGUUCCUGUUGAUUUUGGUACUUUUGUUUUUGAACAGACUUUGAAGCAUGCAGAAACUUAUGCUGUGAAAUUGCCCAUCUCUUUUCAAUCUCUGAUCAUAGAGAUCAUUCUGCAACAACAUCCUAAGAUAGUCAGGGAUGAUGAGGAGGUUAUGCCCAAAGGUGCUCCUAUCACCUUGGACCAUCGUUUGUUUUCUUGGCCUCAUGUCCCAGACAUUGCUGUGCCAUCCAGCAGGACAUAUGCUUCUGCUCCAGUAAGUAAGUCAGGAAGGAGGGCUAUUAUUGAUGAAUUGCAAGCUGUUUCUAAGGCUCUUCAAAAGACUAUCACUACAAGCACUGCAAGGAAACUCAAGGUGGAUGAGUUUGUGCUUAAGCUUCAAGAGGAAGAGGACCAAGAGGGUGAGUCAAGUGCUGCCAAUGCUGCUGCUGCAGAUGCAAGCACUGAUGAAGAGGAAGGAUCUGAUGAGAAUAAAGAAGAAACUGGGGAGGAAUCCAGUUCUGAUGAUUAG